AUGACAAAUAUAACCACAGUGAGUGGAUUCCUCCUCAUGGGGUUUUCUGAUAAUCAUGAACUACAGAUAUUACAUGCUUUGAUUUUCUUGGUAAUGUACCUAUUGGCCUUGUCAGGUAACCUCAUCAUUAUCACCAUCACAACACUGGAACUACAUCUCCAAUCCCCAAUGUAUUACUUCCUGAAGCACUUGUCCCUGCUGGACCUUUUCAUUUCUGUCACAGUUCCUCAGUCCAUUGACAACUCACUGAUGGAUGAUGGUUUUAUUUCCCAUGGCCAAUGCAUACUUCAGGUUUUCUUCUUCACAACCUUUGCCUGGGCUGAGAUGGCAAUUCUCACAGUGAUGUCUUAUGACCACUACACUGCCAUUUGCUUUCCACUGUACUACGAGGUCAUCAUGAGUCUCAGAAAAUGUAAGUGGGCUGUGAUAGCUGUAUGGUUAAGUGGAAGAAUUUCUGGAAUCUUAUAUACAACAGCCACAUUUUCUAUCACAUUCUUCAAGCCCAAAAUAAUUAAGCAAUUCUUCUGUGAUGUUCCUCAGUUGCUGAAGCUCUCCUGCUCCAAUGAUUACCUUGGAGUGAUUGGAGUGACUGCUUUCAUGUCUGUGAUGGCAUUCAUCUGCUUCAUCUCCAUUGUUCUCUCUUACAUCCACAUCUUCUCUGCGGUUCUAAAAAUUCCCUCUGCUGAGAGUAGGUCUAAAGCCUUCUCUACAUGCCUAUCUCAUCUCUUUGUUGUCUCAUUUUUUCUCUCUACAGGCAUUUUUGAGUUUCUAAAACCAACUUCAGAUUCUCCUACUACUUUUGACCUUAUGAUACCUAUAUUUUAUACAGUAAUACCCCCAACACUUAACCCCAUUAUUUACAGUCUGAGGAAUAAGGUCAUGAAAAGAGCUUUAAGAAAGUUACUGUUGGGUGGAGAAUUAAAUAGGGAAAAAACAUAUUUGUGCUGUUACUGA